GGAUCAGAUUUAUAAAAAAGAACACACGAACUUGGGAUCUCCUCCUCGAUGCGUAAGGGUAUGGCGCCGCCGUCGCCGCUGCCGCCACGCGCGGCCGGUCUUCUCGGAUCUCCUCCUCGAUGCGUAAGGGUACGGCGCCGCUGCCACCGCCACCACGCGCGGCCGGUCUUCUCCGUCCAUCCGUUCUUGGGGUCCCCUGCUUCUGCUUUCCUCCCCGCAAGCAAUCCCCGGCUCCUACCGACCCCGCAGCUUCAUCGUCGCAGUCGCCACCACCGUCGCCUCCAUGAACCAGCCGGUGCAGAAGAACACCCCCUACAUAGGUGGACUGGCGGAGGAGGGGGAGAGAAGAUCCUGCAUGCGGUGUUCGUGCCGUUCAGGGAGAACAAGGGCGUCAAGGGGCCGCUCGACCAGGCCACGCAGAAGCACUGCUCCUUUGGGUUCUUCACGUUCCUGGAGCGCGAGAACACCGCCACCUCCAUGGACAACAUGGAUGGCACCGAGUUCUUCGGCCGCGUCCUCACCGUGAACUACGCCUUCCCCGAGAAAAUCAAGGGAGGGGAGCAGGGAUGGGCUGCGCAGCCAGUUUUUGUGCUGAGUCAAGGAGAAAAGUCAGCCACCGCCGCGGCGACAUGUCGCGGCCAUGUGAGUGUGUGGACGGGCUGACUGGUGAUGGGACUUGGGGAACAAGAGCAUGGGAAGCCAGGCCUUAGGAGCAAGGGCGAUGGGCAGCGCGAGGACCUCGACAGUGUAGCGGUGCCUACUGGUUCUACAGGUUCUUCUCUCUCCCUUGCUUUCUCUGCCUCAAUCCCAAUCUUACCUCUACUUGCCGUACCAUGUACAUCAUGUAGAACAAACUGGUUAUGGAGGUGAGUGUCCCAUCCAUGACAAGCAUAGAGCACCCACGAACUGAAACAGAGCACUGGUGUUCAGUUAGACCAGAGGAGCACACACACGAUCAUGUUUUGGGAACCACUGCAUCAUAAUUUUUCGUUUUAAACUAAGUGCUGGUUAAAUAAGCACAACCCUCUUAUUACAAGGUUAAGUUCAACUCGACACCAGCAAUAUUGGCUUGUAAUGAGCUAGAUUGGCUGAGACUGGACAUUAUGGAAAAUGGUAGCAUAGUCUUUGUAUGCUUAUUUUUUUAAUCGACAACACUCUAGAGUCUUGAUGCUUAACUGUUGCUUUGAAAUAUUUGGAUUGCAUAUUAAACUAGAGUUUCAGUGUUGAAAUUUGAUACCUUGCAUUAGAGAGGUAUAAACACUAGACAACAAGGUGACUUUGAUGCAAGCUAACCGUUUACGUGAGGCUUCAGCGAUGUGGAUUCCAGCUUACUUUGAUGUUUACAUGAGACUAUUUCUAGAUUACCGGAUCUAAUAUUUGCUGAUUGUAGUGUGAGCCAAUGAAAUCAGAUGAUGUUUCUCAAUGGGGAAAUUUGGAUGUUGUGUGUUACCUGUUGUUUCUUCAUAACACACAGCUAAAUUUCAGAUUAUCUUCAUUGUAUAGCUAAUCCUCUGCCCCUCUGUAGUAAGCCUAGAAUUUGAAUAUUUUGUACUUUGACAGUUUAGCAUAUAUCAUCUUCUUAGAUUUCUUCUAUUAACGUUAAUAGAGUGUAUAAUCAUUUCCUAAUCAGAAUUAAGAACUGUUCCCGACCAAAAUAAUUAAGCCAGGACCCAGAUUAGUGAUGAAAUACUUGAGUUGUACAACAACUGAAUUGCAUCAUUUCUAUUUUAUACAGCAGCCAGGACCCAGAUUAGUGAUGUUUAUAUGAACAGAAAACCGUAUGAGAUUUUCAUGACAAUAUGUAUGAUCUCUACUUGUAAAGACUGGUACUUUAAGCCUAGAGGGACCCCUUUUGGAAAAUAUAAAGAAAUUUUCAGCUUAGAAUGACCCAACGAAUUUCCUCAUUGAGAAAUUUUCAGCUUAGAAUGACCGAACAAUUUCCAGUUUACUUUAAGUAAGCUUAGAAUGACCCAAUGAAGUGUACUUUGCAUCAUACAAAAGGAAAUUGUCGUGUACUCAGUAUAUACUUGUAAAAUAUAACUAACACAUACAUAAGAACAGUAAACCAUGUCUAAAGUUUGGAUCUGUACAUAAUUUUUUGGUCUACUGAAUCUGAUUAUAUUAACUUGGUUGGUGGUCAUUGCUUCCUGUUUUAGCUAUUUGUACACCUAUUUGAGCACACACAAUUAUUUCUGGCAAUUAUUCUAUAGGGACAGAUGAGGCCGCCACAAUCCCAUGUCUCGCUCAAUGUAUGAAUGACCCCUGAGUAUAAUUUGCGCCAAGUACUUCAGCUUAGCCUACUUAUGUUGUUUUAAGGACAAUCAUUCUAUUUUAGACCAUUUGAAAAUAAAUUGAUCUGAAAUGUGUAAUGCAUCUUUUAGUCCUAUAAUUUUGGAUGAUAGGCAGUUUGUCAAGUUCACUGGAAGAUAUUUUAGGAAUGGAUGAUGCAAUCUCUGCGGGACUGUGGACCAUGCUACUCGGGUCAGAGCGCAAGCUAGCUACUAUUUUUAAGAAGGGGUGCCAAGUUGAUAUAGAGGAGCGUGGAGUUGUGGGGGUCUUGAACAAUAUUUAUUCGGCUAGAGUGUGAUAUUUUUUUAUCAUUUAUUUGGCUAGAGUAUGUGAUAUUAUUUUUA